UUCAGCCCACAGAGCCGCGGAGGAGACAGAAAGGUAUCCGUGCUAUGAUGGUGCUUCUAGUGAUAGUCGCGGGGCUCGGAGUGGUGACGCUGCUGGUCAUUUUAUUUGCUCCACACAUAAGGAAGUAUGCGGCUGGAGGAGUGUGCCGGUCCCCCGUCUCUCUGGAGGGGAAGACGGUGCUCAUCACGGGGGCAAACACCGGCAUCGGAAAGGAGACGGCCCUGGAACUCGCAGUGAGAGGAGCCCGUGUGAUCAUGGCCUGCAGAGACAUAGAUAAAGGGGAGGAGUCAGCAGACAGCAUCAGAGCAUCAUGUGCUCACGCUCAGGUGGAGGUGCGGCAGCUCGACCUCGCCGACACCUGCUCCAUACGGGCCUUCGCUCAGAAGUUCCUCGCAGAGGUCAACCAGCUCCAUAUCCUCAUCAACAACGCGGGGGUGAUGAUGUGCCCGUACACAAAGACCAUCGAUGGCUUCGAGAUGCACAUCGGAGUCAAUCAUUUAGGGCACUUCCUGUUGGCCUCGCUGCUGAUUGGUCUGCUGAAGCGCAGCGCUCCCGCUCGGAUCGUGGUCGUCUCUUCUCUCGCUCACAACUUCGGCUGGAUCCGUUUCCACGACCUUCACAGCCAAGGCAGCUACAACAGCGGGUUAGCAUACUGCCAGAGCAAACUGGCUAACGUGCUGUUCGCCAGAGAGCUGUCACGCAGACUCAAAGAUACCAAUGUGACGGUGAACUCAGUGCACCCGGGCACGGUGAACUCUGACCUGACCCGGCACUCGACCCUCAUGACGAUAUUCUUCUCCGUCUUCUCCACGUUCCUCAAGACGCCGCGGGAAGGAGCGCAGACGAGCAUCUACUGCGCCAUCGCCGACGAGCUGCACUCCAUCUCUGGGAAACACUUCAGUGACUGCGCCCCUGCCUUCGUGGCCCCUCAGGGCAGAAGUGAGGAGACGUCGAGGAGGCUGUGGGACGUCAGCUGCGAACAGCUCGGUAUCCAGUGGGACUGACUCAACCUUUAACCUCCAUCUUUCUCAAAGGAGUCCUUACAUCUUUCUUUAAUCCUUCAUUUCAUUAUGGUUUCGAUGUUCCGUACUUUGAAGCGUUUCCUACCUAAAAGCAGUCAGGUAAUACUGUCAGAGGUACUAUAAUGUGAAGUUGCUUUUUUGUGAAAUAAUGCAGUAAUUACAUUAUAAUAACUUGAGUAUUUUUGGUGCUGCUCCUCAAACCAAAAACCUCUCAACCGUAUUGUAAUGUAACCACAGAUAACUUUUUGACUCUAUAUUUUUGUGACACAAUGUGAAUACAGUGUAGGCAAAAAAGCAACUUGAUGUAUUGUAAUGCUGUAGGAUACUGUGAAGGGUCAAGCCAGGGUAAAUGACCAGCAUCUUUAUCAAAUAUUGUGUUUCAUUUACCUGUCUUUCUCCAGAAUUUGCAGCUAUAUUGCUUGACUUUUGUGCCAGCCUUUCUAAACAAUUGCAGGGGUUCUUACAGUAUUUCUAGGUUGAUAAGAAAUAAGUUAAAUAUCGAGGAUCAGUGUCAGCUUGAGACAUGAUUACCGCUUGAAUUGCAUACAUGUAUUUUGUGAUAAUGUAGUUGAUGUAGGAUAUAAGAAGGUUUUUCUAUUUUAACCAAAAUCAGAGUUAGAAUCGUGUCGUUGCAAUAUCUGCAGAGAACUUUUCCCAUUUGCCAAAAAACUGCACUUUCUCGGAGGAACUACAGUUUUCCAUUUUUAAGGAUCUCCCCCCUCGUCAUGUUUCCUUCUCAGCAUUCACAAGCAAGGUUGCCAAGAGUUUACAUUCUGUGUUUUAUACGAGUCAAACAUGCCUUUUACUACACGAACAUUCAUGUUAAGAGUUGAAUGUUUACAUUUGAUGUAAAUAAACGGAGAUAUUACUAUAA